AUGCGACCUGUUGGACAAGCAAAUGGCCCGAGAGAGGAUCAAUCCCAAAUCCAAGCCGCAUCUGCUAAUUUCGCUCGUGCUUUCAUCAGAAAACGCAUCGAACUCGGCGACGAAAACGAGCUGCUCUCCCGCUCGGGUUUCUUCACCGAUUACACAACCAAAGCCAUGCAAGAAUUGAAAAUUGCAGGCGUGAAGGGAACCCCAGUUCUCGGCGUUUCUGGCUUUACCCGAAUCGUGAGGGAGAUUUUUCCUACUACCCAGGUGCUAAACGACAGCCACAAUCGACAGAGCUUCGUUGGCAUUCGCAUAAAAAAAGGGGACUUGUGGCUCGAAAUUGAAUUCAACACCUACUGCAGCUUCUACAACAGCGAAAAAAGAGCAUAUUCACCGUCGUCUUUGGCGAAUUUUUCGAAGAAUGCAAAAUACCGAACCCUGUUCACAAAGAUUUGGCACAUGAGCUUCCUUUUGAAAGUUCUACCAACACACGUACCAAUUGAUGUGACGGCUUUCAACGAAGAAUUCGAAGCGCUAGAGCUAGAAAUGCAACGCAGAAUCGACACUCAGAAGAAUCAGUUUUCGAUUGAUUUCGCUCUCGGUAGAGAAGAUGAUUUCGACGAGAGAGAUGUGGCGCUUCAUGAGAGGGAGAGUUACAACGAUUUUUUGACGCAUUUGUCCAACAUGAAUGUCAAAAGCAUGGAACAUGAAAGAGAGCCCGAAACGCCAGCGGAGGAGCUUUUCGAAUGCGUCUCACAAACUAUGCUUUCUGGUUGCGAUCGAAACGCUGCAUCCGGCUGGGGAGCCACUGUAACCAUCAUUCAAAAGGACAAAAUCAUCACCCGCAAGCUGAAGGCGCGAAUGGACUAG